AAAAUUAAUUUUAAAAUUAUUUGAUCGAGAAAUUGAUUCCGAUGGGACGAUGGGUACUUAUAAAUGGCCAAAUAAUUUGGAAUUGAUUCAAUUUGAAUACUCGUACAUACAACUGGUGUACGGAUGUAUUUGGUCCGUUUUAGUGCUGCGUUUUCUAGAUCUGUUCGUCAUGAUGGAAGACAUGGUUUUCAUCAUCUUGCUGGUCAUGCAACCGAGCACCAUAUUGCUUCAGGGUUCCAGUAUUAUUCCAAAUCAUUAUUCAUCUGCAACUUCUGAAACAUUUAUUCUGGAUAAGUCGUAUAGUUUAAAUGACUUUGAAGAUGUAUUGAUUAAAUACAAUCACAUUUUUGUGGACAAGACGAUGUUCAUUAUGGAGUUGAUUAAUCGUAUAGAAAGAUGCGAACUAAUCAGUCGUCCUUCCCGGUGGGGGAAAACCUUCAAUAUGGAAAUGACUGCGACUUUUUUUGAUAUUCCACACCACAAAGAUGGCUCAGUUGAUGAGCACAAACGAAACAUAGUUAGAUCAUUUUUUGCAGGCGGAGCUAAAAUUGUGGUGCCAAGUAGAAAAUCACCCUCAGAAAUGAAACCAUUGAAAAUUUCGGAAAUUGAAAGCGCAAUGGACGAGAUCGGAAACCAUCCGACAAUAUUCAUCUCAUUCGUUAACGCAGGCACAACAUACGAAGCAUUUCUCAUGAAUUUUGCAGCUCAAAUAAGGGGAUUAAUUGUACAAAAAAACUACGCCGCGUUUUUACCCCAGUACUGUGAAUUUUAUGUGGAUCCAGAAUUAUGUAACGAAUUACUUAAUAGUACUAGAGAAGAGCUCAAAUCUUAUCCACAUGCAGCCUUAAAUCAAAGCGUAGAAAUAUUAACUUGUCUGUUAACACGCCAUUUCGGAAGUGAAACUGUCAUCCUAAUUGAUGAAUUUGAUUACCCGUUGAAUCGAAUGACAUACGAUAGUGAGGAUUUCAACAAGACCACAGAUUUUUUGAAAAGUUUUAUCGGUUGGACAUUCAAAGGUAGACCAAAAAUGCCCAGCAACAUAUACCGUGGUGUAAUAACUGGCGUGCUUCAAUUUUCCAGAGUUGGAGUAUCAACAGGAAUGACAGUUUGUCGCGAUUGUAGCGUGCUAAAACCAAGUUAUAGCGAACACUUUGGUUUCACCGAGGAAGAUAUUCAAACACUAUUUGAAAAGAAUCCCAGCUCCCCACUUAAUCUGAGCGAAUUGCAUGAUUGGUACGAUGGAUAUACGUUUGGGGAGAGCCGCUUAUAUAACCCUGUGUCCAUUCGCAGGUGCUUCAUUUCCAGGCGUAUGGACGGCUAUUGGAUUGAAAGCGUUCCAAUGGACCUCAAUCCACGAUCUGGGGAAAAUUCGCUCCACCAACCGUUUAUGCUGGAUGCCUACCAAAGUCAGAUACAAAAAUUAUUUGUAAAUGAAACGAUAAAAGUUCAUAACCUGAUAUCCGAAAUUGAUUACAACGGUGCUGCAAAUCACUUGAAGUCAUUCUUAUCCCUUUUAAUAUCACUGGGGUAUUUGACGUUUGAAAAAACAUCCGGAAAACAAUAUAAUAUCCUUAUUCCAAAUUACGAAGUCCGUGACUUUGCUUUCAAGAAUAGUAUCGAGGUAUGGACAAUGAAAUAUGUCUUUGCGGAUUCUGUUAUAAUACACGACAUCCUGUACGAAAUUCAGAACGGCUUCGUAGUGAAUGAUAUUACUGCAGUUCAAGGCGGUUUAUCUAAUCUGUUUUCUAAAAUCGCCGAAACAGCUCCUGCGGAUUACUAUUGCGACGUUGUUUUUGGAUUAUUGACUCAAUUCGACGAUGAAUGGGACUUGGAACGUAGCUUUGAUGAAGUAAUUACUAUUUACGAGCAAGUGGAAUUUCAAUGUAGUAUUACAUUGCGAUUAAAGUUGGAUCAUUGCUACAAUACCAAUCCGAUAGCAAUCAAUUUUAUAAUAAAUGGUGAUUCUACCAUGGAACAAAAUAUCAUUCAUGGAGCAGGUGAUUCUACUUUCGAGCAAGACAUCACCGAGGCAGCAACGUCUACUACUGCUACGGUGGCACACGCUACACACGCACACGCUACACACGAGGAGACUUUUUCCACUCAGCGACAACGCGCUGAGGCACAAUUAACGAGCCCUACCAUUAACCGCAGGACCACUGGAGUCAUUUCUCAGCAUAUAGGAGAAAUUAAAAAAAUAAUCAUCAAUAAAUUAAUGGAUUAUUCUAAAAAAACGGUUGCCCAGCUUACGGAGAAAUCCGUGAUUAAAGCUGCAAAGCUUAUGAAGAAAUCCAUGAGUAGAGUUGCAAAUCUUACUGCGAAAUAUAAAUUCACAUGGCAUACCUGCAUUUUAGUUGGGAAAAAAAUUCUCGGGAUGUUUCGCCAUUUGAAAUAAAUAUCUAGAUUAAAGAUAUAUUAUAGUAAUUAUUAUUAUUAUCAUCAUUCUAUUUUAUUUAUUUAUUUCAAUUUAAUAGAUUUGUUAUAGGGUAAAAGCAGGUAGUAUGGGGUUGCUAGUAACAUGAGGUAAACCAUCUUUUUUCGUAGUCUAUGAAUGAGAUGAGAUCCAACAGGAAAAAAAUUAAGGUUAGUUUUUAAAUGAUUCCAAAAUAAUCUAACCAGAUCCGAAGGUGAUUGGUCACAAAGUACUUGGUCACAGGGGUGGCAGCCUUUGUAUAGCAUAUGUAGCACAGUGCUACACAUAGGAAAAAAGUACUACACGCGAAAAAAAGUGCUGGUGUGCUACACACAGGAAAAUUUCCAAUUUUAGGAAAUUUUUCCAAAAAAUGAUAUUUUUUAUUUUUUUUCAUCAACAUUGAAGCAGUUCUGGAGCCUCCAGCAAAUUUUUAAAAGUUUGAAAUUCACACAAAAAUUUUACCCAGUAAAUUUGAAAAUUUGAAAUACAUUUUAUACGCUAAUUCGAGCACGCUGAAUCGAUUGAAGAUGCGUUCAAGUCGUUCUGGAUCCUCUAACAAUUUUAUGGAAAUUUCCGUAUCCCAACAUAUGUCAUAAAAUCUGUCUAAAUGAACUUCAGCCUCUUAAAAGUGUUUAGUUUCAAAAAUGCAAAAUCCGAAAAUCCAUUGAUGGCUUCAGAACAGCUCGAAACCAUCACCAAUCCAUUCGGUCGAGUCAUUCGAAUUCCGGAGUCUGGCGAUUUUUUUAAAUUUUCUACAAAAAUUUCAAAUCGCACUGGAAGGGCUAAAUAUUUUGGUUAGCUAAUUACCAGAAUGAUGGUUACGCUCUGGGGGGGCGGGGAGGGGGGGUAGUUCAAGGUUAAAAAUGGUGCUACACGCGUAAAAAUUUGGGACUUUUUUUUACUUGAUAAACUCAGGUGGUGCUACACAUGAGAGAAUUCUAGGCUGCCACCCCUUAGUGUUUUUUAUCCGCUAGUGGUGUUUUUUUCAUCCAACUCUGAGAGUACCUAAUACGUCAAGUUUUUUGAAAAUUUUCGUAAAAAGUUUAUAAUAUGUAUAUAUUUUUUUUUUUUUGUAAUUUCAAGUAGCGUACCGGAAAGAAGUACGAUUUUACUAUCUUACUAUCUACCUCAAAUUUUACUUUUUCAGUAAGCCGUUUUUUUCAAUCAAAAAAUAAAAUCUGCUGUUGAAAUUUUUACCUGCUGGUAAUUUAUGGGAUACUUUGUUUUUUCGUAGAUUUUUCAGAAUUAUUCUGGGCCACAAACAGAGUUAGAAUGUAGAAUAUGUAAAAUUGUAAAGCCCACAAAUGUCUAUAAAAAAAUAACCAAAAGACUAACAUACCUACUUAUGUAGGCCUACAUAAAAAUUGUGAAUUAAAUUCGUUUUUCAAUUGCUUG